AUGACGUCGCUCUUUAGUUUUUCGUCGCCGGUGGAUAUUGACAUUCGCUUGGAGGAUGAGCAUAAGCGCAAGACGGUGGAUGUAAAGACGGUUGGCGCAUCGAAGGAGACAUACCCGGUGUACUAUGAUGGCGAGAGCGUGCGGGGCAGUGUGGUGAUUCAGCCGCGGCAUGCCAAGAAGCUGCAGCACGAUGGCAUAAAGAUCGAGCUUUUGGGCUGUAUGGAUUUGCUGUAUGACCGUGGGAACCAAGACGAGUUCCUUGCGCUGGUCGAGGACCUGGCGCCGGCUGGCGAGGUGCGUGACGCGGUGACGAUCCCGUUCGAGUUUCGGGGGGUGGAAAAGAAGUACGAGAGCUAUCAAGGCAUCAAUGUGAGACUGCGCUACUUUCUGCGGGUGACGAUGCACCGCCGCAUAUCGGAUGUCGUGCGUGAGCGCGACGUCUGGGUGCACUCGUUCCGCCUGCCGUCCGACUCGAACCACGCGAUCAAGAUGGAAGUGGGCAUUGAAGACUGCCUGCACAUUGAGUUUGAGUACAACAAGUCCAAAUACCACUUGAAGGACGUGAUUGUCGGCAAGAUUUACUUCUUGCUCGUGCGCAUCAAGAUCAAGCAUAUGGAGCUCUCGAUCGUGCGGCGCGAGACGACGGGGUCCGGUCAGAACCAGUACAACGAGUCGGAGACGAUCACCAAGUUUGAAAUUAUGGACGGCGCGCCCGUGCGGGGCGAGACGAUUCCCAUACGCCUGUUCCUGGGCGGCUUUGACCUGACGCCGACGUUCCGCGACGUGAGCAAGAAGUUCAGCGCGCGGUACUAUCUCAAUCUCGUGCUCAACGAUGAGGAGAAUCGGCGGUACUUUAAGCAACAGGAAAUCACCUUUUACCGGAUUCCUGAUAAUGGGUAA